CAUUGGGCAAAAGGCGAAAAGGCAGAGAAGAAGAAAGAAGUAAAAAAGAAAAGAGAGAGAGAGAGAGAGGAAGUAGCGAUCAGAGAGCAACCGCCACAGAUCUCCGUUUCCCACCAACCAAACAAACGAAAAAUGGCUGCCUUCAGCGGCGACGAAACCGCUCCUUUCUUCGGGUUCCUGGGAGCCGCGGCGGCCCUGGUGUUCUCCUGCAUGGGAGCGGCGUACGGCACGGCGAAGAGCGGCGUCGGGGUGGCGUCGAUGGGCGUGAUGAGGCCGGAGCUGGUGAUGAAGUCGAUCGUGCCGGUUGUGAUGGCUGGUGUGUUGGGUAUCUACGGUUUGAUCAUUGCGGUUAUCAUCAGCACUGGGAUUAACCCUAAGGCCAAAUCGUAUUACCUCUUCGACGGUUACGCGCACCUCUCUUCGGGCCUCGCCUGUGGCCUCGCUGGCCUCUCCGCUGGCAUGGCCAUCGGCAUCGUCGGCGAUGCCGGUGUUAGAGCAAAUGCUCAGCAGCCAAAGCUUUUUGUUGGAAUGAUUCUCAUUCUCAUUUUUGCUGAGGCAUUGGCAUUAUACGGUCUCAUUGUUGGCAUCAUCCUUUCUUCCCGUGCUGGUCAAUCCAGGGCUGAUUAAUAUAAAGUUUCCUGUCGGAUGUGGUGGUACACGGCCACAGAUUGUGAAUGUUACUGCAGAGUCGAGGUGGUUAAUGUUAGCUCACAGACUGCUGCUUUGGCUUGCUCAUGUGAUUCUAUUUAUGUUCGUGUUAUAAAAUUGAGGCUAUCCAGAAAUAAAGUCCGUCAAACUCUUCUUAGCCCCUCAUUAUUUUAAUUAUUUGCUCAGUCCAUACUAGAGUAGAGAUCUGCAUAAUAAGGCAGAUGUAUGUUUAGAUUCCAUUUCUUUAGUAUUGUUCUCUACUCUUCAAAACACUCCCCACCUACCCCUAAAUCUAUUCUUAUUUGAUUUCAUGGAGAUAUGAUUUGUCGAUAUGACUUCCUUUAUAUCAUUUUAAUCAACAAGAUAGUAUUCUUGCUCC